ACAUUGUUGUGAGGGAGAAUGUCAAGGACUCUCUAUGGCGCUUAUGUUGUUUUAUGGAUUUUUUCCUUAGUGGAGUGUAAGGUUCCAGCGGUUCGUGUGACCUGCAUCUUCUCCGAAGACUGUAUUCUUCCCUGCUCUUUCACGCCCAAUAAUAGUGAUGUGAACAUUAAGUGGUACCAGCAGGAUGCGCUCAUACUCAGUUUACAGCCCCGGCACAGCAAUGACAAAGUGUGGCUCUUCAGCGACAACGUCUCCGAGGGCAAUGCAUCUCUGCUUGUGAAACAAGUAGAUACAAGGAGUAAAGGACGAUACAAAUGUGUGGCCAACAAUGUGACUCAGACAUAUGUUAUUGCAACAGUGGAAGCUCCCAUCAGUACGAUCUUCAUUAACACCGAUCCCUCUGGGCUGAUUCGGUGCUCUACUAAAGAAGUUUACCCAGCUCCGAUGGUGCAGUGGAGCACAAAGCCCAGUUUACCUCCUGCUGCCCUGCAGCCCAUCACCCGCAUGGCUCCUGGCGGAAAGGGCCUCUUUACAGUGGAGAGCGUCCUAAAACAGCAGAACAACAGCCUUGAUCAUAUAUAUGUGUGUAACAUCACCUCCAAAUACGGCACGCAGACAUGGACAGCUUCAUUAAAGCUGCAAGAAAUGAACAGCUCUGAAGGGCAAGACCUGAUUAUUCCAUGUAGAGCUCCCAAGGACCUUCAGUCCUUCUCUCUCGUCUGGACUUUUACGACAGUAAACAAAACCACAGAUGUCCUCGAGUAUGACAGCAGGACCCAUAAAUCCAGCCGCUCCUGGGAUCAUGCAGAACUAGAAGAGGAAAAUGCAUUGAAAGGGGAUGUUUCACUGAACCUGCAGAAACCUGUUGGCUCAAAGCACUCUGGAAUCUACACAUGUGCCCUCUCCGGAGCAAAGACGCGUCAUGUGAUCCAGACCCGUGUUGUUUUUACAUCCUCCAGGCAGGGGAAAGAUUUUCUUAAAUAUAAUCUGUGGAUGCUGGGCAUCGUCGCAGGAUUAAUCGCUCUUCUCGCAAUCACUUUGGUUAUAAAAAAAUACAGAGCAAAAUUGAAAAGAAAUCAAGAAAACGCUGAAGAGGAUGCGGAAAUGCAAAGCAUGAACUCAGCCAAAACAUUGGAAGAGCCAGAAGCUGGAAGUAAACUUUUGACAGAGCCUUCGGGUUCUCACAGUUAACCAUGGAAAGAAAAAAGAAUAUUAGAAUAGAGAAGCCAGUAUGAAAUACAAGUUGGAAGACCAAUUGAUGGGACUUUAUUUGCACUCUGAGGAUUUGUGCGAACAAAAUGUCAUUCAGGAAACAUUCAGAAGAAACCAAACAUUUCUUGUAUAUUAUUUUUUUGAAUGCUACUUUGAUUAAAUAUAUUUUUUUAAAGAUUAUAUUAAAAAAAGAAAAUAUUAAAAAAU